GAGGAGGAAGUGUGAUGGCGGCGACGGUGGCGGGUCCCGGAGCUGGCGUGAGUUCGGCGUCGCGCGGGGGCGGCCCGCGCUGGUUCUUCACCCGGGAGCAGCUGGAGACCACGCCGUCGCGUCGCUGUGGCAUCGAGGCCGACAAGGAGCUCUCGUACCGGCAGCAGGCGGCGAACCUGAUCCAGGAUAUGGGCCAGGGGGGCGGGCGGGCAGGCAGAUCACAACUUACAAUAAACACUGCAAUUGUUUACAUGCACAGAUUUUAUAUGCAUCAUUCCUUCACAAAAUUUAAUAGAAAUAUUAUAUCUCCUACUGCAUUGUUUUUGGCUGCAAAAGUGGAAGAACAGCCUCGUAAACUCGAGCAUGUUAUCAAGGUAGCGCAUGCUUGCCUUCAUCAAGAGCCACAGCUGGAUACCAAGAGUGAUGCAUACCUUCAACAGGCCCAAGAGCUGGUUAUACUUGAAACAAUAAUGCUUCAAACUUUAGGUUUUGAGAUUACCAUUGAGCAUCCACACACAGAUGUUGUGAAAUGUACGCAGUUAGUGAGAGCGAGCAAGGAUUUGGCACAGACAUCCUAUUUCAUGGCUACCAACAGUCUUCAUCUUACUACGUUUUGUCUUCAGUACAAACCAACUGUGAUAGCAUGUGUGUGUAUACAUUUGGCAUGCAAGUGGUCCAAUUGGGAGAUUCCUGUAUCAACUGAUGGAAAGCAUUGGUGGGAAUACGUAGAUCCUUCUGUUACUCUAGAAUUACUUGAUGAGCUAACACAUGAGUUUCUUCAGAUAUUGGAAAAAACUCCCAGCAGGCUAAAGAGGAUUCGAAAUUGGAGGGCUAAUCAGGCUGCUAGGAAACCUAAAGGAGAUGGUCAAGCGUCUGAGAAUUCACUUCUUGGCUCAUCUUUGGUUCAGAAUUCCAUUUUGGCAGAUGCUGUUGCAUCUUCAAACUCAAGUUUCCAGAAACAGUCGGCACCCACAUUUCCAGCCCCAGUUCCUCUGAACUCAGGAAGUAUUUCAAUUCAAUAGUUAAGAGCAUUCCUCAAUUAUAGUUUGGAAACAAUAGUUUUGUCCACAAACCAAGAAUGGCCUCAGCACCAAGAACAAACAAGGACAGAACAGAUGUAUUCUCAGAAACAGGAUACUUCACUCUCUGGGGGUCAAUUCAACAUAAACUUUCAACCAAGCACUUCACUGCAGUUACAUUCAGGAUUGCAUCACAGACCUGACAAACACUCUGAGCAUUCUGCUGCACACAAACCAGGAAACAAACACUACGGGCAACUUGCUACUGCCCCUGUAAUAAUUCCUCAGAAAAUGUCGUUGGAUAAAUACAGAGAGAAACGCAAGCUAGAAACACUGGAACUGGAUGUAAGAGAACACUACAUGGGCACAGAACCACAGUGCAAAAAGCACAUGCCAUCCCAAGCAGCAAGUAGCAGUUCUGUAACUUCCCCUAUUAAAAUGAAAAUUCCCAUUACAAAUGCAGAGAAGCCAGACAAAUACAUGCCCGACAAAAAAGAAAAGGGUGGUUCACUGAAACUGAGGAUACCCAUUCCACCCACAGAAAAGAAUCUGAGUAAAGAAGAUCUGAAAAUGAAAAUUAAAGUCUCUUCCUCAGAGAAGCAUAGCUCAUCAGAUGAGGGCAGUGGGAAGAGCAAGCACUCAAGUCCCCAUGUUGGCAAGGACCACAGGGAAAAGCACAAGGAAUAUUCUGCAAACCGCCAUCAUAGUAGUAGUCAUAAACAUUCCCACACUCACAGUGGCAGCGGUAGUAGUGGUGGCAGUAAGCAUAGUAGUGAUGGAUUGACACCAGCUAUUCUGAGGAGUCCCAUUGGCUUGAGCAGUGAUGGCAAUUCUUCCAGUUCCGGUUCUUCGAGAAAGAAGCUGCACAGCAAUGAUGCUUCUCACAACCAUCACUCCAAAAUGAGCAAAAGUUCGAAAAGUUCAGGUGGGCUACGGACAUCUCAGCACCCUCGUGAAACUGGACAAGAACCCAGUGGAGAACGGUCCUGAUGCCAGUCACGAGUACAGUACAAACAGUCAGCAUAUGGACUACAAAGACACAUUCGACAUGCUGGAUUCACUGUUAAGUGCCCAAGGAAUGAAUAUGUAAUCCAUUGUUUAGGCCCCUUUCCCCCAUUUUUAUUUAAGAAUUAUUAGAAUGGAAACCUUCCUAAUCUAGGAUGAGCGACCCCUGAGUUGCUG